CUGCGGGCCUCACCCCUUCCGAAAGGAGGUGAUGCGAGGGAACAGCAUCGGUCUACCCCCCGUCCCUGGCGAUUCGGGCGACCGCCCGGUCCAGGAGCCCUCGCGCCCGAGACAACCUCCGUACUCUGGGCACAGGAGGAGCGAGCCCGGCUGUGACCCGCCCUCGUAGCCUUUCCCCAGGGCUCACUCUCCCGUUUAUGGGUCCCAAGCGCCGGCCGCGGUUUCUCAGGCCUCGGGGACCCCGGGCCUGGAAAGUGGACAGACGAAUGCCGAGAGUGAAGGCGGCGGCGGAGGGUGUACUCCUCGCCACCGAAGAAAAAGAUAGGAAAGCAGGGGUAGGGGCCGAGGUGUCCCCCUCGGCGACGGCCUCCCGCCGUCCGCGCGUCUGGCGAAGGGUCUGUCAUUCCUCCCCUCACUUACCAGGAGCAGCAGGGAGCAUCUCAAGUCGGGGAAGGCUAGGAAGACGGCAGGAUUCAUGGUAACGCUGAGAUCCGCUGCAGGGACAGGCGUUGGCCGCUGGGACUGGGUAAGGUGGGGUUGGGUUAGGAAAGGGAGGGCUCCCGGGGCCGGCGGCAGCGGAGGAAUCUCCCGGCAGCGACACCCCGUCCUCUCGACCCGGAGCUCCCGCGGCGCACACCCGGGACAACUUCCAGAGAGGCCUCUCAACCCUCACUUCCGGGUCCCGCCCACCUCGGAGCACGUCGGGAAACGUAGUCCUUGACCACUUCCGCUGAGCACGUCAUCGCGCAUCCAGAACUCCUUUCCCGUCAGGCUCUCAGCCCAGGUCUACUGGGUUCUGUGCGCGCGAGGCCCUGUGGGAUAGAAAGGGCGGAGAGCGAGAGUACCCGGUGUUUUCGGAGGGAUGGGGACUACAAUUCCCAGAAGGGUGUGCGGUCCAGAGACAGCGGCCUUCAGUGGGACCCCGUUAGAUUUAGCGCAGUGGGGGAUCUGCCCCGGCCGGAUGUAGGUACGGUCUUGGCUCCUGGCGGGUGGGGCGGCCCAGUGGGGGUCGUGCCUCCUGGAGCCGCCCCCGGGACGCGAGUCCUGGCGGAGGCGCGGGUUUCUUCAGUUGCUGAGAAGACUAUGAACAGAUCAGAGAACUUGUUCUUUACUGGCUCCUCAUUAGCAUCCCAAGUUCAUGCUGCUGCUAUUAACGGAGAUAAGGGUGCUCUUCACAGGCUCAUCAUAGGAAAUGCUGCCCUUAAAGACAAAGAAGACCAAUUUGGGAGAACACCACUUAUGUACUGUGUGCUGGCUGACAGACUGGACUGUGCAGAUACGCUCCUAAAGGCAGGAGCAGACGUUAAUAAAACGGACCAUAGCCAAAGAACAGCCCUCCAUCUUGCAGCUCAAAAGGGAAAUUAUCGUUUCAUGAAACUCUUACUCACACGUAGAGCGAAUUGGAUGCAGAAGGAUCUAGAAGAGAUGACUCCUCUGCACUUGACAACCCGGCACAAAAGCCCCAAGUGUUUAGCGCUUCUGCUGAAGUUUAUGGCGCCAGGAGAGGUGGAUACACAGGAUAAAAACAAGCAAACAGCUCUGCAUUGGAGUGCCUACUACAACAACCCUGAGCACGUGAAGCUGCUGAUCAAGCAUGAUUCCAACAUUGGGAUUCCCGAUGUCGAAGGCAAGAUCCCACUUCACUGGGCAGCCAACCACAAAGAUCCGAGCGCUGUGCAUACAGUGCGAUGCAUUCUGGAUGCUGCUCCAACGGAGUCUCUACUGAACUGGCAAGACUAUGAGGGGCGAACACCUCUUCACUUUGCAGUCGCUGAUGGGAACAUGACAGUGGUUGAUGUCUUGACCUCAUAUGAAAGCUGCAAUAUAACAUCUUAUGAUAACUUGUUUCGAACUCCACUUCACUGGGCAGCUCUACUAGGCCAUGCACAGAUUGUCCAUCUCCUUUUAGAAAGAAAUAAGUCUGGAACCAUCCCCUCCGACAGCCAAGGAGCAACACCCUUGCACUAUGCAGCUCAGAGUAACUUUGCUGAAACAGUUAAGGUCUUUUUAAAACAUCCUUCGGUAAAAGAUGACUCAGACCUCGAAGGAAGAACAUCCUUUAUGUGGGCUGCUGGGAAAGGCAGUGAUGAUGUCCUUAGGACUAUGCUGAGUUUAAAGUCUGACAUUGAUAUCAACAUGGCAGACAAAUAUGGAGGUACAGCUUUACAUGCUGCUGCCCUUUCUGGCCAUGUCAGCACCGUGAAGCUAUUAUUGGAAAAUAAUGCUCAAGUAGAUGCUACUGAUGUCAUGAAGCAUACUCCACUUUUCCGAGCCUGUGAGAUGGGACACAAAGAUGUGAUUCAGACCCUUAUUAAAGGUGGAGCAAGGGUAGAUCUAGUUGACCAGGACGGUCAUUCUCUUCUUCACUGGGCAGCUCUGGGAGGAAAUGCCGAUGUUUGCCAGAUAUUGAUAGAAAAUAAGAUCAAUCCAAAUGUGCAAGAUUACGCAGGAAGAACCCCUCUGCAGUGUGCUGCGUAUGGGGGAUACAUCAACUGCAUGGCAGUGCUCAUGGAGAAUAAUGCAGACCCUAACAUUCAAGACAAAGAGGGAAGAACAGCUUUGCACUGGUCAUGUAACAACGGAUACCUUGAUGCCAUUAAAUUACUGCUAGACUUCGCUGCUUUUCCCAAUCAGAUGGAAAACAAUGAAGAGAGGUACACUCCCCUCGAUUAUGCUUUGCUUGGUGAGCGCCACGAAGUGAUCCAGUUCAUGUUGGAGCAUGGCGCCCUGUCCAUCGCAGCCAUCCAGGACAUCGCUGCCUUCAAAAUCCAAGCUGUGUACAAAGGCUACAAGGUCAGGAAAGCUUUCCGAGACCGCAAGAACCUCCUCAUGAAGCAUGAGCAGCUGAGGAAAGAUGCUGCUGCCAAGAAGCGAGAGGAAGAAAACAAGCGAAGAGAGUCAGAACAGCAGAAGGGAAGGCUGAGUCCAGAUUCCUGCAGGCCCCAGGCCCCUCCGUGCCUGCCCAGCACCCAGGCUGAGCUCCACAGGCAGAGCGGGGGCCCCAGCAAACAGCCUCGCACCAGCCAUGUGGCCCAGAGCCCUGAUCAGAGAACCUGCAGAGGGUCUCCGGGCAGAGCCCCCCGGGAGCAGCACCUCUCCCCAGACUUGCAGGGAACAGACCCCCGAAAGCCAAAUGAAAUGUCCAGAGAACCUUCUAAAGGCCGAUCUGCCUGUGUCCACUUCAGCCCCGAUGAAGGCAACGAUGGGAACAGGUGUCCAGGAGUCUCCUCUGUGGAGAAGUCCAGAGGUGAGACAGUGGGUGAGCAGCACUGUGACAAGGGGAAGGGCGUCGUGAGGCAGCCCUCCUGUGUCAGGGCAGCUGGGCCCGAGGAGAAGGGAGAGGACCCCGGCGGGGCAGCAGCCAGCCUUCCCCAGCAGGACGGCCACCGGAAGCCCAGCAGGCGACAUGACGCAGCCCCCAAGGUCAAGUGUGCCUCCCAGAAAAGGCGCAUUCAGGAGCUCCGAGGAGGAAGGUGCUCCCCUGCUGGUUCUAGCCGGCCUGGCAGUGCCAAGGGGGAGGUGGUCCAUGCAGGGCAGAGUCCUCUCCACCAUCGGACACCAAGACACAAAGGGAUACAGGACAAGCUCGAAGGAGAGAGCCACUCAGAUCUGCCCCGGAGGACAGAGGUGUUGAGGCCAGGAGUCAGGAAGGCAGGGCCAUCCACCCCGUUGGAGGACGCUCAGACACCAAAGGAGCCGGAUCCAGCUCCCGGGCCCCUCUCUGGGCAGAGUGUGAAUAUCGACCUUCUCCCUGUCGAGCUGCGGCUGCAGAUCAUCCAGAGAGAAAGAAGCAGGAAAGAGCUGUUUCGCAAAAAGAACCAGGCGGCAGCAGUCAUCCAGCGCGCCUGGAGGAGCUACCAGCUCAGGAAGCACCUGUCCCACCUUCUGCAUAUGAAGGAGCAUGGAGCCAGAGAUGUGGACAGAUGGAACCGAGAAUGCAUGGCACUGCUCCUCCAGGUUUGGAGGAAGGAACUGGAACUAAAACCCUCAAAAGCCACUGUAGUCAGCAAGACCACCAAGAAUCCAUCCAAGAGCAGCUCGGGCACAAAGUCCACCAGGCACUCAGUGCUCAAGCAAAUCUACGGUUGCUCUCAGGAAGUGAAAGUACAUCAUCCCACAAAAUCUUCAAAAGCCCUUUCUGUGCUGCGUCUCAACUCAGUGAGCAACUUGCAGUGUAUACACCUUCUUGAGAACAGUGGAAGAUCAAAGAAUUUUUCUUAUAACCUACAAUCAGCUACUCAAUCAAAAUACAAAACAAAGCCUCGACUGCCUAUGGAGGAAGACCGUGCCCGGGGUAACUGGAAUAAGCUAGUGUAGAGUUCUAGUUAUCUGUGGACUCUCUCUUACAUCUUGGGAAAACUUCAGCGUCCAUGCCUGAAGCCUUAUUACCUGAACAUGUGAUAAGAACUGAAAGAAAAUGUCAGAAUGAUUUCUUUCUGCUCUCACACAGCAUUGUUUGGAUAUUAUCUCAACCUGCGCUGGGAAGAGCAGGGUACACUAGGCCUCAUCAAAACUGUCUAGCUGUCUGCCUUCACCUGUCAGUGUGGCUACAAAGGAGGAUGUAUAACUCUGUCAAGUCUAAGUAAAACUAAGAACAUGAGAGCUGCUGGGUUGGGAUUUCUGCCAGCCAGCUGGUGCAGGCCUGGUUUUCUGGCUUCAGUGAAGAACCUAAAUGAGAUGGCAAGGAGCCUGUCCUACAGCAACCACCUUCAUUUCACUCUUGUUCUGGAAUCUAAUGCAACAGAUUUCAUUACAGAUACCACAUCCUAUUAUUCCAUUAUCAGUUUUAAGUUUUAGACCAGAAUCAUGAUCCAGCAUUUGCUUUUAGAAAUUAUCUGUAAGAUCACAAUAGGUGCUCUGUUCACCUCCGCUGACUCCUUACAUAUUUUACAGUCAUGUUAGCCUCUGAAGGCCACAGGCUGUUGCCACUUCCUCUGUGAACAGAGAUGCUGGUACCACCAACACCAAGGAAAUCAGCGGGGCAGGUGUACAGACCAGGCAUUUAUGCACCAGGUACCAAUUAGGGCCUUAACAUUCCACUUGUGUUUUCUUCCUGACCUGCAGAGGUGAGCAAUCUUAUCAAAAUGCCAUUCCUAUUGAUGGGAAACUGCUAACUACACACAUUCUAGCUCUCUAAGAACACCUAGUUUAAACGAAAUCUAGUGAUUUGGGGAUUUUUCACAUUUUUAAGGGCAAAGCUAAUGUAGGAAUGGAGACAGACAUAAAGAGUGACAUAGGAGGCUCACAAAUACUUCUAGAACUGCUUCCAUUUUCUUAAGAUUACUGUCACCAUUGUCCUAACAGUAAGAAAUAGGAAGCAACAAAGUAUUAAUGUAAUCCCCUUGAUUUUUUUUUAUAGUUUGCUAAUUAUUUUGUGACUAGAAAAGUCAAUAUAUAUAGAAAUCACAAUACAGCUGGUAAUUUCUAGAAAACUAUAUUUUCUUAGAAAAUCAUUAGAAAGUCACUUUUAAAGUAGUUACCUCAGACCAACCACCAUUUAGGUAUAGGAAAACCCAAAACAACUACAGUGGGGCCUUGGAGUGUCCCGUUUUUUGAGAUACCAGCUGUCUCUCCACUGAUUUUUUGCAUUGAGUUGAUAAGAGUAAUUUGAGUUAACGAGCUCCUUAACGAGCUCGGUCUGGGAACGAAUUAAACUCUUAAGUCAAGGCCCCACUGUAUCUUGAAAUCUUGCCCCCUGCACUAAGGGCUACAAAACCUCUGCAAAUAACACCAUAGUGCAGGGGUGGGCAAACUUUUUGACUCGAGGGCCACAAUGGGUUCUUAAACUGGAUGGGAGGGCCGGAACAAAAGCAUGGAUGGAGUGUUUGUGUGAACUAAUAUAAAUUCAAAGUAAACAUCAUUACAUAAAAGGGUACGGUCUUUUUUUUUUUUUUAGUUUUAUUCAUUUCAAACGGGCUGGAUCCGGCCCGCGGGCCGUAGUUUGCCCACAGCUACCAUAGUGCGAAGCUCAUCAUCAUGGAAAGGAGUAACCACCCCCAAACAAAACGAAUGAGGUCUGCCUGGAGAGGAUCUCAAAGAUUGAGCUAAUUUUUUGGUAAAUAGUAGACAGUACCAUGUUAUCACCCUGUAUUUUGUAAAUAUUUGGUUCCUAUGAAAUGUAAAUAUACUGCCACAUAUCACGUGCUACUCCAGGAAGCCAGCCUGCAUUGUUUUCCUACCUUAGUGCAAAAGAAUGUCCAUAACAACUUCUUUAAAAGUUCAGCUUUAAUGACAAACAUUUCUUACAUCAGUCUCUUCAAAAUUAGAUGUGAAUAAACAAUUUUAAACAGGAA